AUGACAGAUUCGGCUUGUUUGCUUUUCGGCUACAAUUGGGGUAACUUGUUUUGAAAGUUAUUUACUACCCAAUCGAAUUUCUAUGAACUGAAAUAAGAUUUAAAUUUUCAUAAAUUUUGGGCCUUCUUUUUCAGUAGACGGUUGGUUGGUCUUCUUUCUGGGAUUCACCUCGGCGGCGGUGCUCUGUUCCUGCAUUUUUUCUGCCGUUUUUCUGUUUUCAAGAUUUUUCGAGACUAAGAACUACAGCUUCCGCAUUCGAGUGAUUUUUUUUUUAUCGUGAAAAGAUUUUAACAGUAGCCAGAAUUUGCAGGGUGAAGUUGCGUUGCCACCGGCGGUCAUCGGAAAGGACCCCUGA